UCUUGGUUUUGGCGACAAAAACCCUUUGAAAUUAUUGAAUCAAGAAAAAAGCUUUGCUUUACCUUUGACCCCUCUCUCUCUCUCCUCUCUCUCUUUCUCUCUCUCUCUCUCUCUAAGCUACCACCAGCUCCCUAUCUACAGUGCUAUCUCUCUCUGCUAAAGCAACGAAGCUGUGUUCUGAUCCUUCAAAUUAGAUUCCACUUUUCCUCUUCAAGAUCCAUUUUUUAUACAAUUCUCUCAGGAUCACUCUCUUCUACCUGCUUCUGGUUGUUUGUUGUUUUUGGAGAGAUAAAUGGAUGCUGAGCCACUGUUUUGGUCGAUUUGAUCUUGAUUGAAACUUUUUAGUAUUUCUGAUGGACUCAAAAACUAGCUCUAGAUCUCUUCCGAAACACCAUCAGAAGACGGCUGGAAUUCAAACCCUUGAGGCAAAAGACAACGGGUCUUCAGGGAAUCCAGCUUCUCUGAAAACAGGGAAAAGUGAACUGGCUGGUCCAGAGGAUUUAUCCAAGUCUGUAGGAACCGUUUCCAAACAGAAUACUGGGGAAACUGCUGAAAACAAGAAGUUAGGAGUUUCAAUCCAAAAGGGGUCUGCCGAUUCCUUGAGCAAUAAAAGUAGUUCUGGUGCUUCUUCAUCUGUUCUCGACAAGGCGGAUGGUGCUGUUAAUGAGAACAUAGGCUCACAGGAAAGCUCCAUUGACCAAGACAAAAAGACAUCGGAAUAUGGAAGUGUAAAGAACAGUUCUGUUUCUGCCAAAGUUAGUGAUGGGGCGAGCAGUCUUGCAAAGACAAGUGGAAGUGCCAAGAUUAGUGACAGAGCUGAUUUUGUUGAGAGUGGUAAGAGCAGUAUUUACAGAGGAAGUACAAGCAGUGAUGUGAGUGAUGAGAGUACUUGUAGUAGCUUUAGUAGCAGCAUAAACAAACCUCACAAGGCAAAUGACUUGAGAUGGGAAGCCAUUCAAGCAGUUCGAAGUAGAGAUGGGGUGUUGGGAUUAGGUCACUUUAGACUACUGAAGAGGCUGGGUUGUGGGGAUAUAGGCAGUGUUUACCUCUCCGAGUUGAGUGGAACUAAAUGUUACUUUGCAAUGAAGGUAAUGGACAAAGGGUCCCUAGCGAGUCGCAAAAAGCUACUGCGUGCCCAGACAGAAAGAGAAAUCCUGCAGUCUCUUGAUCACCCAUUUCUCCCAACUUUGUAUACUCAUUUUGAAACUGAGAAAUUCUCAUGUUUGGUAAUGGAAUUCUGCCCAGGUGGUGACCUCCAUACUCUCAGGCAGAAGCAACCAGGGAAGCAUUUUCCUGAGCAGGCAGUAAAAUUUUAUGUAGCAGAGGUCCUUCUGGCUUUGGAGUACCUGCACAUGCUUGGGAUUGUCUACCGUGACCUUAAGCCAGAAAAUGUCCUUGUUAGGGACGACGGACAUAUUAUGCUCUCUGACUUUGAUCUCUCCCUCCGAUGUGCUGUCAGUCCGACCCUUGUGAAAACCUCAUCCACGGAUUCUGAGCCUUUAAGAAAGAACCCUGUUUACUGUGUCCAACCAGCAUGUAUUGAACCACCUUCCUGCAUCCAACCAUCCUGUGUUGCACCCACUACAUGCUUUUCACCCCGGCUCUUCUCUAGCAAAUCAAAGAAAGACCGGAAGCCAAAAACUGAAAUUGGCAACCAAGUGAGCCCAUUACCUGAGCUGAUUGCAGAGCCUACUGAUGCUCGGUCCAUGUCAUUUGUUGGAACUCAUGAAUACUUGGCACCUGAGAUCAUCAAGGGUGAAGGUCAUGGGAGUGCAGUUGAUUGGUGGACUUUUGGGAUCUUUCUAUACGAGCUGUUGUUCGGUAAAACUCCCUUCAAGGGAUCCGGUAACCGAGCCACGCUGUUUAACGUUGUCGGGCAGCCGCUGCGUUUUCCAGAAGCACCUGUUGUGAGUUUUGCAGCAAGGGAUCUUAUAAGGGGGUUGCUGGUGAAAGAACCUCAGCACAGAUUGGCAUACAAAAGAGGGGCAACUGAGAUAAAGCAACACCCUUUUUUUGAAGGUGUGAACUGGGCAUUGAUCAGAUGUGCUACCCCACCAGAGAUCCCAAAGGCUGUAGAGUUUGAGAAGAUACCUUCCCCAGCCACAUCAGGUGGUGGUGAAAAGGCUGUUAACCACAUGUCAAUAGCUAAUCAGAAAGGUUCUGAUAAUUAUCUGGAGUUUGAUUUCUUCUAGAGGUAGAGACACUAUUUAAGAGGGGAGGAACUUUUUUUCAAUGUUUCAGAAAACAGACCAUGAGGAAUUGUAUGUUUGUUUUUUGUUGGCUAUUUGCAGUUUCAAAUUUGUAUGGCACAAUUAAUGCA